UAUUUGAUUGCAGCGCAAUAGUGCCCUCAGCUGAACAGGUGCCGUAUUCAUCAGGCGAGUAAUUUCCUUCACCGUGCCAGUGAGACGAUGACAUUCAUCAAAAUUAAACACAUGUUCAUGCCAAAAUGGCUCAUAUAUUACUUACUAGAAUUAUACGCCAUCCGCGCUGUCAAUCUGGGAGGAGAAAGGAAAAAAAACGAGAAAGUAAAUCGUCAGAGUCGUCGUUUCUAACAAUUUUGAAUUUAUAGGUAUCGGAUGAACUUUGAAACGAAACUGGUGCGGAAAGAAGAUUUAGCACGCCACCACCAGAAAAUUCGCAUAUAAACAAAACAUCAUGUGAAUUUUAGUACUGUUUUAAAAAUAAACAAACGCCACUCUGUCUCUGGUUACCAGUGGGAACCAAAAUAAAAAAAGAAGUCCUCCAUCCCCCUACAUUCCCUUUCUGUUUGAACCAUAGCUAUUUGUAUGUACCGAAAUUCACUAGCCGCACAUUUUCCAAGAAAAGCGGAAAAUCGCAUCACACGCUGUUGAAUGUCGUGUGUCCUGCCUGACGCUGAACGCCGCCCGCCAGCGCGCAUUUUCAGUUGGCACCCGACGACGGCAUUGAUCAAACGUACCUACGGUAGAUAUAUGUAGCAUAUCGGCGACGACGGACGGGAUCAGACUCGAAGUUCAGUUCUUGUUGCAAGUUUGUAUCCGUCGGGCGCGCCGCGCAUUCUGUGGAAGAUGAAAUUUCCCAACACAUUGGAUUUCAACACUUAUCGGGCGUACUUUUGCUCCCGGCACUUGUCACGGGAUGAGAACCGACAGGUGGACAGUAUCAAUCUCGAAUGGGACACGUGCAAUCCGGAACCGUUGAAAAUUCUAUGCCUGAACACUAUCGCGCACAACUGGCUGUCGAUUCCGUUUUUCCGACAGAUCCCACUAUGUGAGGAUAGACAUUUUUUGUUGGAUUUGCUAGAUUUGAACUUUCCUCUGGAAAACCUUUGCGCCAGGAUUAGAAGUGAUGCAUUUUGGAAGCGUGCUUUCGUGAAUAGAUGGAAGAAUUACUAUCCAGUGAAUGUGGAUGGUAAACCGUGGAUUAGAGUUUACCUGGAGCAACAUAUCAAAGAAACGUUGGAGCGAAUGAAACCCAACGAUUACGAUCAGGAAAGUGUUCAGCAUUUGGUAGAUCUAUGUUCGCUGCACGUGAAAGAACUCAAGCUGGACCAAUUGCAGCCGUCGACGAAUGAUAACACCGACCACAUACCGCUGGAUGUGGUCCUCUCGAAUCUGAGAGAACUUCGAAAAGUAGAUAUCACAUACGACGUGAAAAACGCCGGGCACAACUUCUAUCUCGGCUGCGGUUCCAUUACGGAAAAGGACAUCAAACUGAUGACCCAGGGGAUAGAACGCUGCUAUGAGCUGACGGAGUUUCGACUGCACAGCACCAAACUGGAACCGAUGAUGAUGCGGCGACUGGCGGCAGCAAUGGACAAGGGAUGUCCGAAUUUGACCACGAUAGCCUUUCCGCACUGCCGGUGCGGUGACGUGGGUGUGCGAGCGUUCUUCGAUGCGCUUUCGCCGGAGUCGCUUCCGAAUAUCAAGGAAGUGGUUCUCACGAACAAUUUUCUUUCCUCCGACAGUAUCGUGGACCUUAUACAUCUAAUAAGACGACGACCCAUCGAGAAAUUAGAUCUCCGAUUGAAUCCUAUUCUCAGCGAGGGUGCCAUAUGUGUGCUAACAAUGAUGUUUUAUCUUCCCUUGAAAGAACUGAAUCUCAGCUGCUGUUCCAUCGACGAGGAGAUCGAAGAAUAUCUGCUGAUGAUGUUGCGCUUCAACAGCAGUAUAAAAUUUCUGGAUUUCUCCUCCAACAAAUUGGGUCCGGCCAUGGGUGAACAUCUGGUGGAACGAGUCCAGGAGAACAAAACGCUGCAACGGUUCGACCUACGCAAUACGGAAAUAUCCGCGGACGUGCGUGCCAUUGUGGACGAACUGGUAAUGGAAAACCGCGAUCCGCACAGUUUGAGCGACUGGUGAGGGGAUUUGGCGCAUGUGUGGAAGUGUAAUAAUGUUUGCAGCUGACACUAUAAUCCAGGAUCUUCGUAUUUGAUUAGUGUAUAUUUUUAGAAAAUAUAUUUCAUCUGUUUUAGAGGCGAAUGCCGCAUUGCGGUAAAGUCUCUUAAAAAAAAAAAAAAAAAAAAAAAAUAUUUCAUCUGUAUUUACUAGAAUUUUCGCAAAACAAAUGAUAUGAAAUUAUUUGCAAAAAUAUGAAAAUGUUUUUUUUUGUUUUUUUUUUUUAACAAACGAUAUUAACAUUGAUCUUUCCAGCACAGUUGAACUACUCAUCCUAGUUAGUUUCACCGGAAAACCGUGUUCUGACAUGCUAAGGCACUAUUACUACACUGCUGGAGAUAAUAGGUGAAUAAAGCUUAGUAAAUACUCAUUAUUGAAUCUACUUAAAAUGCUCAUAACAACAUCAAAGUGGCGUUAUUUUCCUGUAGAUUAAGGGUGGAUUUUAUUAUUUUCAAUUCAAUCCAUGUAAAAAGUUUGCUUGGAGCGAUACAAUUGUGGUUUAAACAUGAACCCAGUGCUUAACUCCUCCAUGAUCGGAUCAAUUACCCCAGUGCUUCCCAAACUGUGCGCCGCGGCGCCCUGGUGCGCCGCGAACCUUUCCCAGGUGCGCCGCAGGAUUUUGGCUUUUGCGACGAAACGAAAAAAACAAACUCUUUAUUUGUAUUGCGGAACACCUUUAAUUUUUUUUAUAUUAGUAAUACUAGUGUCGCUCACUUUUUUUAAUCUUUCCUGACUCUUCGAUUGUUUCAUAGGUUUUCUGGUAUCAAUUUCAAGUUUUUGAUUUUGUUUUUGCUUCAGACUUUUGAUUUUACUAAAACUUGUCCAAAGUUUUUAAUUUCAAAAACAUUAUUUACGUUCUUUUCAGAAUAAUUACAAGGUCUUCGGAAUAGCUUACCGGCAUGCAGGUUUGCCGAUCUGGUAGUGUGAAGAGCUAGCUUUGACCUUUUCGAACCGGACUGUUUCAUCAAUACUGCCGCAACCUCGCUGAACUCGAAUAAGUUUUUUAUGCUCGGUUUCAUCAAUGGGGUUAUAAUCCAGGCCCAAAGGGUUAAGUUGAAAUUUAUGAAAAUAAAUUCAAUCAAAGCCCACCUGGCAGGUCUUUACAAUCUCUUUAUGUGUCCCAAUUUGCCAAAAUUUUCCAAAAUAAAUAAAAGUUGUUGAAGCUUUGGUCAAGUUCUGUGUAGUCAUUUUCAUUCAAUAAGAAUUCUUUAAUUAGUGAAAACGCUUUAGAAUUUUUGGCUGAAUUGUUGAUAUUCAGCAGCUUGUUUUACCUUUACAUCUGAGUUUCUUCUUAUUUUUAAAACUCCUAUGAUGAAAUCUACAUGAUUUUUGAAAUCUUACAAAUAUUUAAACUAUCUUUGAGAAAUUAAUUUUAAAAAAAAGUUAGUUUUUCAAAUAUUGAAUUCUGAAAACAUGAUAUUAGAGAAGUGAUUCACGAUUUUGUCUUGCACAAUGUAAAAUGAUAGUUGCCCAAAAUUUAAAAAAAAAAAAAUGUUAAAAACUUUGGUGCGCCGUGACAUUUUUGGAAAUGUCAAAGGGCGCCGCCAUAGCAAAAAGUUUGGGAACCUCUGAAUUACCCUAUAAAUCAAAACAAUGACCACGAAAAUGUAUUCCAGGGUGUACAUUCAAAUUCAAUUUUCGGAUUCCCGGAUUUUUCCCGGGUGUGAACACACUUAUACAAAUUGAUCAUACACACUCAAAACAGAUUCGCGGGCUCGGCAAAAUCGCGCACAGCCGUCUGCUCAGCAAAAUCUUUAUCUGGUAUCUCAGCAAAAAGUGACGAUUGUUAGCUGAUUCUCAGAAAAACGAUUGCCGACUAUCAGCAAUGAACUGUCAAAAUUGCCGAGAUCCCGGCAAAAUGAUUGUUUGCUGAUUGCUCGGCUGUGCGAAUCUCGGCAAAAGUUUGAAAAAAUGGGAUAUCAGCAUUUUCUGAAUUAAGUGUGUAGGGUAUGCGUGCCAUCAGUAAUCUCACGCUCCCAUAUUCAUCCUAUUCGAAAACAAGCGGCACCGAUUGAUUCCGUUCUUUCUGUUUUCAUGCGUGCUCACUUCCAACAAAAAAAAAAAUACAAAAA